UUCCCUCUCCCUCCUUUUCUACACCGUUCCGGGAUGAGACCAGUUGUUAUCACCAGUUCAAAAAAUUCGGUGAAAUCGCAUUUAACAUCGAUUUUGUGGUUCAAUUACUCCAAAUUCUGAUCCAUUUCGUCUUCUUCCUUUGGAGCUUUUCCUGUCACCUUCUCACAAUUCUAGGGUUUCGGUCGAUGAGAAUCAGAUUUGGAUACUGGUAAUCGAAGCUUUCGAUCUUAAGAGGAGGUAGCGAUCAUGGCGUGUAAAGUGUUGUGGGAGUCUCUGUUGAAGGUCCUCAACUUCCUGCUGGCGAUCACUGGAUUGGCGAUGGUAGGGUAUGGGCUAUACUUGCUUAUUGAGUGGACGAAGAUCUCUUCGGGUGGCGGCGGUGGCGGCGGUGAUGAUGAUAAUGAUCCGAUAUCGCCGGAUCCAAUGUCGCCGGUGAGCGGCGAUGCAGAGUUCUUGAAGCUUGGCCGGCCCAUGCUCGCCGCUGUCGCUCUAUCGAAUGAUUUGUUUGAUAAGCUUCCGAAAGCGUGGUUUAUCUAUUUAUUCAUCGGUGUGGGAGUAAUUAUCUUUGUCAUAUCGUUCUUUGGUUGUAUUGGAGCAUUUGCAAGGAACAGGUGCUGCUUAUCUUGUUACUCUUUCUUGGUAAUCUUGUUGAUUCUAGUUGAGCUGGCAGUGGCAGCGAUCAUAUUCUUCGACAGCAACUGGAAAGAUGUAAUUCCAGCUGAUAAAACUGGGACUUUUGACAUGAUAUAUCACUUCUUAAAGGAGAACUGGAAUAUAGCAAAAUGGGUUACUUUAGGAGCUGUUAUUUUGGAGGCAUUGAUUUUCUUGCUAGCUCUUUUAGUGAUAGCAGCAAACAAGCCUGCUUCCUAUGACAGUGACGAGGAAUAUAUUGCCCCGAGAUCUGGCAUUAGGCAGCCUUUGAUACAUCAACAAGCGGCUCCGGUUACUGGAGCACCUGUCCCAACUCUUGAUCAACGUCCAAGCCGGAAUGAUACUUGGAGCCAACGAAUGAGGGAAAAGUACGGCCUAGAUACCUCUCUGUUCACAUACAACCCAACAGGGGGGAGCAGGGGUCAACAAGACACAUCGCCUCCAGCGGAAAAGAGAAGCCACUGUACUAUACUGUGAGAGGCUUUGGUGGCCCAAGCUGAUUAUCGUGAGCAUAGUUUGCGAGAAACUGCUUGUGAGAAAGUGUACACGCUGUUGUUCAGUUUGAUGUGUAGAAUAAACUGAUGUCCAGUUUUCAAAGACUUUCAUUUUCUAACAGCACUUUGAAUAAGGUAUUGCACACUAGUAUCUUGCACAGAUGGAUGUACCCAUGCUCCUUUUACCUGUUGUUGCUGCAAAUAUCUCAAGCACUAAGCUGAAAUUGUGAACUUCAUGUGUGCUUGUUCGGCUUC